CGGGGGAUCCGACUGCACGACUGCGCGACCGACAGCAAGCGGUGACCCCUCGACGGCGAUGGAGGUUGAGUUCUCUGACACGCCGCAGCCCAAGGAGAGGUCGAAGGCCAAGAACCGAGCGCCAUCUGCUGGCAAGGGCAAGCAACAGUCUCGGAGGGGGCGCAACUCGGCCAAGCAGGCCAAACGUCGCACGCCUCCGUCGUCGGCUGGGACGCCGACCAAGGUGGUGACCCCCGUCAAGCGAAGCCUGGGCAAGGAGUCGGUGAAGGGGAAGAAGACGACACAAUCGGCCCGGUCACCUCCAACUAAGCUGCGGAGCCGUGGCGUCGCCGUCGGGCAGUUCACCCUCGGCUCCGAUUGCACGGGCUACGACUCGACCAAGUUGGCUUUGGAACAACUCGGCAUCGCUGGCCGCUUCCGCACCGCUUUCUGUACCGAGAAGGACCCAGCAGUCAGGAAGAUCCUGGUCGCCACUCACCCGGACGCGAAGGGCAAGAUUCGCGUGGACGCCGCUCAGAGGAAUGGCCAUCCAAUUCAAGUUGACCUAUACAGCGCUGGCUGGCCAUGUCAGCCUUUCAGCAGGGAGUCAGACCAGCCAGGUAUGGAUGAUCCGCGCGGGUCGGUGAUCGACAACAUACUCGACUACUUGACGAGCCAUCCGCCCCGUUGCUUUUUCUUGGAGAACGUUGCGAGCAUCGUGCAUGACUUCCCCGCCUUGUUCGCCCACAUUCUCAGCACGCUCGCAGGUCAGCACGAGACGGACGGCACGAAGACGUUCACCGUGUUCUGGAAGAUUUUGGACACGAAAGAGAACGGAGUGCCGCAGUCCCGCCAGAGAUUAUUCAUCGUGGGCGUGCGGAACUGCUACACGAAGGAUAACGUUCGCUUCACGUGGCCAACGCCGGUGGCGUGCAAGCCGCUCCACACUUUCUACGAGAAGCGCCCGUUGGCCAAGCAGACCGAGCUGCCCAACUACAUGAUGGCCAACAUGGGUAUCCACCUGAAGAAGCUCAACGAGAGCGGCCACGAGUUCGGCAAGCAGCACUACGUCGGUGAUCUACAGUGUUCGCCAGGCCGCUCGCAGCUCACUCUCGGGUACACGCCGUGCUUGACUAGGAACCGGUGCGGAGGAGCUGGCGUGGCCAAGACGGGCCGUGGCGGGUUCUACCUGUAUAACAAGAUGCGCUACAUGACCGUCGACGAGAUGGCCCAGUUGCAGGGCAUCGCGAAGGGCCGGCUCCAGAAGCCUGACACUAUGAAGACGAUUCGCCCCCUCGCCCAGGCCAUCGGGAACGGGUUCUCGGUCAACGUGGUCAUGCGCAUCCUCGCCAG